AAAAUAUUUACAGUUUUUUAGCACCAAUUCACUAAUAUUGAAAAUUACGCUAUAAAUGUAAAGAAUUAGAUAAGGGCCGAGAAGCAUUUUAUUUUUUUAUUAAGAAUGUUUUUUCAUAUGUUUAUAUUUAAAGUUUAUGCAACCAACAUUACAACAGUGUAUAUAGUUUACUGAUUUUGUCGAAAUUUUAACUAAAAAAAUUGUUCAAACUCCAAUAUUCUUUGAUUAUAAAAUUUAAAGGUCUAACAAUUUUGAAUUUAUAAUAAACCUACAGAAUUAAGCUUAUAGCAUACAAAUUGUAAAAUAAAAAUUCUAUUAUUUGUUUUUGAACUUUUAACAUUUUAACUUUAGUUUUUACAGAGUCCUCAAACACUGGAACACCAACAUUGUGAUAAGUUGUUGAAAAAUAUGUGUAGAUUACGGAAAAGAAAUCUUAAACCGAUUCUUAAAAUAACAUUUAUAAACUUAUUUUGAUUAUUUCUUUACUUUUUAUUAUUAUUCUGGUUCACACUAAAUAAUAGUUCUCCAACACAAUGAGGAAUGAUUAUUUUUUUAAUUUAUUAUUAAUAUUUGAAUUUAGAAAAAUUUAAAAUUAUCAGAAAAUCAAGAUCAUCAGUAUCCAGCACUGGGUACUAUUUUUUAGAAAACUGUUUAAAAAUAACACAUUUUUACUGUUGAUCUAAUUUUAUUGCGAUCGCGAUUGUUAGACAAUGUUGCAUAUCAUUUAUUUAAAAUUCGUUAUUUUUUAUCCAUAACUUUAAUACAGUAUUUAGUAUUUCUACCUUUAUCUGUAAACAUUUCUCUGCCACAUACAAACUGAAAAAACAAUGAAGAAAACAGUGAACAAUGCGUUUUUUAAAAAAGUAACACUUUAGUUUUUGAUAACUGUAAUUUGUUUACAGUUUGACCAACUUUUGUUUUUUGAAAAAAAAAGUUGGCCAACUGUCGAGACUGUUGAGAGCCACUGUGUGGUUUAGGGUAGUUAAUUUUUUCCUUAAACAUAAUAAUAAUUAAUAAGAAUUUUUCAAGAUUGUGGCUAGCAUGUUGAUUUGCGUGGGAGGUUGGAACCCCAGUUCUGGCAUGAAAUUCUUUUUGUAUUUAUUUUGUAAAAUUUAUUAACAAAACACAAAUUGAAAUAAAAGAAUUACGAAAUGGAGCAAGAAGUUAAUUUACCUCUGCCGUUUUAUCAAUAAUUUUAAAGUGCACGCUAAUUUUUAUCAUUCUUGUUCAGCGGUUCUCAAACUUUGGAACCUUAAGAUUAAAACGAUUUUUUUGAAAAACUAUGCAUUGUCGAUAUAUUAAAAUGUUACUUAAUAGAUUCGUUUUGUCAUUCUCUAUCUACCUUCACUUUUUGCUAAACCAUUUCCUAACAGACUGUAUAAGGAGGAAAUGUAAACUUAAGUGAAAUGAUGGAGGAUGAGGCAUUUUGUAUAAUAAAUUAGAAAUAAUAUAAUAAAUUAAAUUUUUUCGCGUAAUACAUUUUACUUCUCAGUUCGAAAUUUUUCAGAAAAUAAUUUUCUGACACCGGCGUUGAAAAAAAAACAACGAACACAAAUAUUUUGUUUGGGAAAGUUACGACCAUAAAAGUGUUUUUAAAUUUUUACAAACCACUCAAAUCAUCAUUACGGCACACAAUGACAUCAAGCCAUACCAUUUUCAUUAAGAAACCAGUCGCAUUUUAGCUUUUCUAACUGUGAGCAUCUAGUCGUGUUGAACUAAAUUUCUAUUGCGGAAUGAAAUCAAAAUUAUUAACCGUUUUAUUUAGCGUAUUUUAUGUAAUUUCCUGUCAAAACCUAGAUGAGGAAAUUGAUGAUUUAUGGGGAAAUAAAGAGGAAGAAGACAACAACCAAAUGACCACAUUAGCACCUAGAAUGUCGGAUAAUUACACCAUCGCACAAGAAUGUGAAUGUGUGCCUUAUUAUUUGUGUGAUAGAAAGAAAGAAUUGAAGGUAACAAAUAAUGGUGCAGAAUCAAUAAAUGUAAGAAUAAAAAAAUCCGAAUGUGCCCACUAUUUGCUAAAAUGCUGCGACGAUGAGGAUUUAAGUGAACCGUUCUUCCCCGAAGCGGAGCUCAAGCCGAAAGGUUGCGGUUACAGCAAUCCGAACUCUCGAACAAACCCGAGCGACGGUUCGGCCGAAUUCGGGGAAUUCCCCUGGGUGGUCGCCAUCUUGUCAAAUGAGUUGUACAUUUGCAGCGGCUCUCUAAUCCACCCAAAAGUAGUUAUGACAGCGGCUCAUUGCCUCAAAAAUGCCCGUAAAUUGAAAAUACGUGCAGGAGAGUGGGAUUCCCACGAUGAAAACGAGAGGUUACCACAUCAGGAACGAGAUGUCACUUCGGUGACAAUCCAUGCGCAAUAUAACCCCAUAACUUUGGCAAAUGACAUUGCGCUACUCUUUUUGAAAAGCGCUGUUUAUUUGGACGACCACAUUGACGUCAUUUGUCUCCCCCCUGCUUCGGCUGUGGUCGAGGAAAACCGAUGUAUUGUGAACGGUUGGAGGAAGGAGACUUUCGGGAGGGAAGGUGUUUUGACUAAAAUUGAAUUGCCGAUGGUUUCGAGGCAAAAAUGUGAAGAAGGUUUGAGAAAAACUCGAUUAGGGGAGAUGUUUAAGUUGGAUAAAAGUUUUGUUUGUGCUGGAGGGGAGGCAGGGAAGGAUACGUGUAAAGGAGAUGGAGGAAGUCCUUUAGUUUGUCCGAUUGAGAAAGAAACGGAACGAUUUUUCCAAAUUGGGGUGGUUUCAUGGGGGGUUGGGUGUGGGGCUUUGGGAGUUCCGGGGGUUUACACAAAUGUGCCAUUCUUUAGGCAAUGGAUCGACGAGAAACUUAAAAAGAAGAAUUUGGAUGUUAGUGUGUAUCAGUUCUGAUUGUUA